AUGGCUCCCACGAACACUGUUCCUGGCAUGGCCCCGGCACCAAAGGCAGCCUCCAAGGAGGAGAUCGCAGCAUUCAUGGCGGGUGUCAAGGAGAAAGGCGCUGCCGCACGGGCACAGGUGGAGGCAGAGAAUGCAGAGAAGACCAGCAUGCACACUGCCCAGAUCAAGGUGCCGGAGAACAAGAUCGGUAUCGUCAUCGGCCCCAAGGGGUCCAAGAUCAAGCUGAUCCAGGAGAAGACCGGUGUUACGCGUAUCGACACGUCUGGCGAGAUGUUCACCAUCGUGGGACCACAGCAGGCUGUGGAGAUGGCCUAUGCUGCCGUUAAGGAGCUGAUGGAGAAGGGGUAUUGCUCCAUGGCAUUCGAGGACUUCAAGGAAGAGGCCGUUCCCGUGCAUCCCUCGGUAUUCCCCGACCUCAUCGGCAAGGGGGGUGUCACCAUCAAGGCUUUCAAGAGCGAGUUGAACGUCGAGAUUACCAUCCCUGGCGAUAUUCCAAAGACCGCCACUACCGGCACGAAGAAGUACAAGGUCACCCUGGCCGGCAAGGCCGACGACGUGAAGAAGGCGAAGCAGGUUAUCGAGAACAUCGUCUCGUAUGGCUACCACGAGAUCACACAUCCGGGACAGACCCAUGAAGAGAUCGAAGUGGAACCCUGGGCCUACAAGUUCUUGAUUGGCAAAGCCGGUUCGGAGCUCCGUCACAUUCAGAACAACUACAAGGUGAAGGUGAACAUUCCUCGUGAGCACUCGGUGUGUCAGAACGUGGUGGUCGUCGGUGGACCCGGCGACGUGGCCCGUGCAAAGGACUACAUUGACAACGUGCUCUGGAAGGCGCAGAACCAGCCGACAGGUCGCCGGGAUGGAGACGCGGCAAUUGACACCUGGGGUCAGGAAGAGGAGGAAGAGGACUGGAUGAAGGCGUACAUUUACAAGCGGAAAUGA